UCUCAGUUGCGGGCGCUCGUAACUUUUCGGCAGUUUCCGGGAAGACUCGGGGGCUCCGCGCCUCGCUCCUGUGUUCCGAUCGCCUGGCGCAGCGGGGCUGGGUGUCGGGCUAGUCAUGGCGUCCCCUUCUCGGAGGCUGCAGACCAAACCGGUCAUCACUUGUUUCAAGAGUGUCCUGUUGAUCUACACAUUCAUCUUCUGGAUCACUGGUGUUAUCCUUCUUGCCGUUGGCAUUUGGGGCAAGGUGAGCCUAGAGAAUUAUUUUUCUCUUUUAAAUGAGAAGGCCACCAAUGUCCCCUUUGUGCUCAUUGGCACUGGCACUGUCAUUAUUCUUUUGGGCACCUUUGGCUGUUUUGCUACCUGCCGAGCUUCUGCAUGGAUGCUGAAACUGUACGCAAUGUUUCUGACUCUCAUUUUUUUGGUUGAACUGGUCGCUGCUAUCGUAGGAUUUGUUUUCAGACAUGAGAUUAAGAACAGCUUUAAGAAUAAUUAUGAAAAAGCUUUAAAGCAAUAUAACACUACCGGAGAUUAUAGAAGUGAUGCAGUAGACAAGAUCCAAAGCAUGUUGCAUUGUUGUGGUGUCACCAACUAUAGAGAUUGGAAGGAUACUAAUUAUUACUCAGAAAAAGGAUUUCCCAAAAGCUGCUGUAAACUUGAAGAUUGUUCUCCUCAGAGAGAUGCAGAUAAAGUAAACAAUGAAGGUUGUUUUAUAAUGGUGAUGACCAUUAUAGAGUCAGAAAUGGGAGUUGUUGCCGGAAUUUCUUUUGGAGUCGCUUGCUUCCAGCUGAUUGGAAUCUUUCUAGCCUACUGCCUCUCUCGUGCCAUUACAAAUAACCAGUAUGAGAUAGUGUAACCAACAUAACAUGGGUCUAUUACUCUCCAGCUUUAAGGAUAUUAACAUCCCUAUCCCCAACCUUGUGAAUUAUAAGAUCAUCUGGAUGGAAGACCUACAUUUAUUACAGAUAGAUUGAAAAACUACAUCAAUAGUCUGAUUUGAUCAAGACAGUUGUUUGAUACAUUCGAAGUCCACCUUUUGUCCCAUUCAUGUUACAUCAUUGAAAUCCCCAUAUCACUCUGAAACACUGGAAGCGCUUAAUAAAUUGGAAAUGAAGCAAAA